GGGGCUCGGGGGGCGCCGCUGCUGUGCGAGGGGGAGUUCCCCGGCGUGGGCGGGGGCGCGCAGAUGGCGACGCAGGUGGAGGCGCUGCUGCCCGGCGCCCCGCUGCUGCCCGCCGAGGAGCGCGCCCUGGUGCUGAAGCCGCCGCAGGACGGCGGCCGGGAGAAGGGCGAACCGCCCAUGGGCCCCGACGGCGGCCCCGCGGCGCCGCGGCCGCCCAGCGCGAAGCAGCAGAAGGAGGAAAGCAAUAACCAGGAGAAGGAGAGCCUGCUGCGGGCGGGCGGCGAGGCGGAGGAGGGCUGCGAGGCGGGAGGCGCCGGGCGCCGGGAGUUCAUCGAGGCCCCGCCGCCCAAGGUGAAUCCCUGGACGAAGAACGCACCCGCCGCCGCGCCGGCGGUGAACGGGCAGUCGCCUCCAGAUAUAUUUCCAACUGAUGGCCAGUCUGAACAUACAACUCCUGCGAAAGUGGUGAGGGCUGCCAACCCAAGACAGCGGAAAGGAAGCAAGGUUGGUGACUUCGGUGAUGCCACAAAUUGGCCGACACCUGGAGAGAUAGCCCACAAGAGCGUCCAGCAGCCACACAAAGCACCAUCCCUCCGGAAACUGCCUGUCAAGAAAGACAUGAAAGAGCAGGAGAAGGGCGAUGGGAGUGACGGCAAAGAGAGCCUGAAAACCAAAUCAGAUGAGUCUGGAGAGGAGAAGAAUGGUGAUGAUGACAACCAGAAGUCAGCCCAGAAGAAGAAAGGCAACAAACACAAGUGGGUCCCUUUGCAGAUAGACAUGAAGUCAGAGGUGCCUAGGGACAAAACGGCCUCUCGGAACAACCGGCAAAAUGAGCAGCACAGGCACCCCUCCAACAACCGCAGCGAGCUGAAAGGCUGGCACCCAGACAACAAGCAUGAGCGCAGCUGGCAGGACCAUGAUGAAACCUCCAGCGUGAAGAGUGAGGGAGGAGCCGUGCGAGGGACCUUCCGGGGACGAGGCCGGGGCCGUGGCAGGGGCCGGGGCCGUGGCAGAGGAGGUGAUGACUGGCACUUCGACUACCAGUAUGGGUACCGGAAAUUCGAGGGCUCGGAUGGCUCCCGCACCCAGAAGUACGCUAGCAACAUCACUUACUACUUUGACAACAUCAGCAGCGCUGAACUCUACAGUGUGGACCAGGAACUGCUCAAGGACUACAUCAAGCGGCAGAUAGAAUAUUACUUCAGUGUGGACAACCUGGAGAGAGACUUCUUCCUACGUCGCAAGAUGGACUCAGACGGCUUCCUUCCCAUCACUCUGAUCGCCAGCUUCCAUCGGGUGCAGGCACUGACCACUGACAUCAGCCUCAUCAUCAAGGCUCUGAAGGACAGCAAGGUGGUGGAAAUUGUGGAUGAGAAGAUCAGGAGAAAAGAGCAGCCAGAAAAAUGGGCUCUGCCUGGCCCUCCUAUGGCAGACUACACACAGACAGACUUCUCACAGUUCAUUAACUGCCCUGAGUUUGUGCCCCGGCAAAGCUUCCAGAAAGAGACAGAGUCUGCUCCUGGCUCCCCGCGUCCUGCCAGCCCAGUCCCCACCAAAACAGAGGAGGUCAGUAACCUGAAGACGAUGCCCAAGGGCCUGUCCGCAAGUCUGCCAGACCUGGAUUCAGAGACGUGGAUUGAAGUGAAGAAGAGACCUCGGCCCUCCCCAGCCAGACCUAAGAAACCAGAGGAGUCAAAGACACCGCAGCAGCAGAAGCAAAAGGACCAAGAUGAACCUGAGGAGCUAGACUUCCUCUUUGAUGAGGAGAUGGAGCAGAUGGACGGCCGCAAGAACACCUUCACCGACUGGUCAGAUGAGGAUUCGGAUUACGAGAUUGAUGAUCGGGACGUGAACAAGAUACUUAUCGUGACACAGACACCUCCCUACCUGCGCCGGCAUCCUGGUGGGGACCGGACUGGCAACCACACAUCCAGGGCUAAAAUGAGCUCAGAGCUGGCCAAGGUGAUCAAUGACGGGCUGUACUACUAUGAGCAGGACCUGUGGACAGAACAGUUUGAGCCAGAGUAUUCACAGAUCAAGCAAGAAGUGGAGAACUUCAAGAAGGUGAAUAUGAUCAGCAGGGAGCAGUUUGACACUCUGACCCCAGAGCCCCCCGUGGACCCAAACCAGGAAGUUCCUCCUGGUCCCCCCAGGUUCCAGCAAGUACCUACAGACGCUUUGGCUAACAAGUUGUUUGGAGUCCCUGAGCCUUCAGCCAUCGCCCGAUCUUUGCCUACAACUGUACCAGAAUCACCCAACUACCGCAACGCCAGGACCCCCCGGACCCCUCGCACACCUCAGCUGAAGGACCCGACGCAGACGCCCCGUUUCUACCCAGUGGUGAAAGAGGGCAGGACGAUAGAUGCCAAGACACCGCGGAAGAGGAAGACGAGGCACAGUUCAAACCCCCCGAUGGAGUGCCAUGUGGGCUGGGUGAUGGACUCCCGGGAGCACAGGCCUCGAACUGCCUCCAUCAGCUCCAGCCCCUCGGAGGGAACCCCAGCUGUUGGAAGCUACGGCUGCACCCCACAGUCCCUGCCCAAGUUUCAGCAUCCUUCGCACGAGCUGCUCAAGGAGAAUGGCUUCACACAACAUGUCUACCACAAGUACCGUCGGCGCUGCCUUAACGAGCGGAAACGACUGGGCAUUGGUCAGUCCCAGGAGAUGAACACGCUCUUCCGGUUCUGGUCCUUUUUCCUCCGAGAUCACUUCAACAAGAAAAUGUAUGAGGAGUUCAAGCAACUGGCUGUGGAGGAUGGGAAGGAGGGAUACAGGUACGGUCUGGAGUGCCUUUUCAGAUACUACAGUUAUGGGCUGGAGAAGAAAUUCCGGCCAGACAUAUUUAAGGACUUUCAAGAAGAGACUAUCAAGGAUUACGAAGCUGGACAGCUCUAUGGGCUGGAAAAGUUCUGGGCCUUCUUAAAAUAUUCCAAAGCCAAAAAUCUGGACAUUAACAGCAAACUGCAAGAAUACCUCAGCAAGUUCAAGCGCCUCGAGGACUUCCGAGUGGAUCCACCCAUGGGGGAGGAAGGUGGACACAAGAGAUACCCCACGACGUCAGGGGGCGAUGGCAGGAAGCGCUACCCAUCCCAGUCUUCCAGCAAAACGGUCAGCCAGUGCCCAUCCAGCCAAGCCCACGCCUCACCCAGCCAGCCUGCACAAGAGGAUGCCAAAAACCUGAGCCAGCAAUCUUCCGCCCUGUCGGCUGCAGAAUCGCAGACAGUGGGGAAGUAGAGAGGCUGCAGCAUCUGCUUCCUGCUGGGGGGAUGGGGUGGAUUGGUGGGGGACUGGCUUGGAGAAGGGGAGACGUGAGGGGGUGGGACAGGAAGGGAGCUGGAAGGUGGGUGCCCAGGAAUUGGCUGCUUGGGAGAAACUUCAACGCACAUGUUUGUUUUUUUUUUCUCUUGUGGCUGGAAAGCAAAGACGAUCUGCAUCUAAAACACCAUUUUGCUAUUACAACCCUUACCAGAGCCAGACCCACUCCCAGCAGACCCACCUUUUGCUUUCCCUUCCCUCCCUUCCUAUGCACACACUCAUGUCUUAGUGUCUCUUUAAAAAAAAAAAGAAAUGUUCUGGCUGAGUUGGAAAGGGGAGAUUUUUUUAUUAUUAUAUAUAUAUAUAUAUAUCAAGUUUUAAAUUAUUGCUAGAAGUUUGUCUGGAUUUACCAAAACAAGUCUGCUCUGUGCGGCCCCAGUGACUCCCCUCUGUGUCCCCCCUCGGAUCGCAGGUCAGCCUGCUCAGGAAGCUCCGAGGAGCGAGGUUCCCUGAUGGGGGACCGAAGCCGCAGUGUGUUGCGAUGCUGCGGAGCCUCUGAUCUCCAUGACCUGGCCGACGUCUCCCAUUCCACGUAUGGCGGUGCCUCUCCGACACCAACCGCCACGACAGGAGCAUCACCCUGUUUGUCCUCCUGGUCCCUACUCCCCAGCGUCUUCACCUCCAACCUCCCUGAGGGUCUGGCUCUCCCUCUACCCACGUCUCCCUUCUAUCAUGGACGAUUUGGAAGUCAACCAAAGGACCUUUACCAAGGAUAGGCUUGUUCUGACUCCUUCCUGUGAGGACAGCUGAUGGGAGGCCGGCAGGCACCUGGACUCGAGCCUGCGUGGACAGUGCACCCGCUGCCCCAGGAAUGCCCAUAGCAUGCAAAGACAGGACUUUGCCAAAGGAGGUUUUCUCUUCCUUUUCCCUUGGAAAAAUGAAACAACAAUAACAAAAAAAAAACAACCACAGACCCCUCUAAAACAACAACAAAAAAACUUUGAAAAGACACAUCUCCCUUUGCUUUCUCUUCCUUGGAAAUAUUAUUGAAGAAAAAAAAGAAAAAAACAAAAAACCCACAAAAAACAAAAAACCACACAAAAAAAAAGUUGCCUUAUGGUGGAGCUAGACUGGGGAGGCUUGCUGGCUUCCGGCACCCUGGGGCGUGCCCCCGGCCCAGAGACUCCUCACGGCAGAGCUGCUGAGCUGAUCUUCCCCGCGGCCUUUCCUCUGACCCCACAGCUCACUCGGAUGCCUCCCCCCAUUGCGGAGACACCCCUGCCAGCCCUGAUUCUCGUGGGGGAAGGGGCCGAGGACAGUCAAAUCCAAGACUUGUGCUCACAAAGUAGUUGAAGCCGCUACGUUGUGUAUAUACCUUUGUAGCAUCUUCCCAGCGACAGCAACUGUACGUGCUUACGGCCUCGCUCGGACGCCCUGUGCCCUCUCCGGGCAGGCUGGGGCAGGAGGUCGCUCCGCUCCACACCUCCAGCGUGGUCGGGGCGUGAGCGGGGAGAUUGUCACAGCAGCCGGAGGGACCGGUCCUUGCUGCGAGCGAGUGGGAGGGCUGGCACGUCCUGGGUGCCACUUAAUGCUGUAGCCUGACGAGGGAGGGACACAGCCCUGGGGAACCAGUGUCUCACAGCUGUCACUGGCCUGGGGCUGCUGUUGGGACUUGUGCUGGGUGCGAGCAGGAGACCUGCCCGGCAAAGGGGGGCUCUCGCCUGGGUUUCCUGUGUGUCAUGUGUUGGCAGGCGGCUGUGUGGAGUCUCCUGCUCAGGGCAGCAUCCCUGUGCAUCUCCAAGGGCUGAGAUAACACCAUGCGGCGCCUUGCUCGGCUGAGGCAAGGGCAUGGCUGCAGAGCUGCUGUGGCAUUUACUUGGUUCCUCUCCCCAGCACUGGGUGGCCUUUGGCAGGCAAACCCUCCCCAAGCUUGUGAGCUGCGUUCCCUCGCAGGGGGCAUGUGUUGGAGGGGUGAGAUCUGCUCCUGGGGCCCAGAAAUAGCAUUGGAAAGUCAUGCUCCCGCUGUAAGGGUAGAAGCUCCUUUGCAGCCAGAGCCAUUUGCCUUGCUGCCACCGUGCUCCGUCUCCUGGGUCGGGAUACCUGCUUUGCAGCUGGUCUGGCUGCGGCUCUGGCACUGCGUCCUCGUGAGCUGCAGAGCGUGCUCCUGUGCAUGGUGUGGAGCAGGCACUGCAAUGGGCUACUCAAAGAUGCAGCUAAUUGCGUUACCCUCUGUAAAACCACAAGCUAGCAAUGAUCGGUGUUUUCCCAAAGUAUCCAAUUUAUCGAGAGUUGCGUCUUACAGCUGGGAGGAGUCAUCUAUCCAGGGCUGUCCCCGUACGGCUGCAGGGCUGGUGGGUGAGAGCAGCUAGGAGCCAAGAGUGGAGAUCAAGAGGGUGAGCCUGGGCAAGUUGUUGAUCAGCAGUGGCUGUGGCUGCUCGAGGGGCCCUGGCUGAUGUCACCUUCCCAAACUGACACUGCGUCAAAGAUGCUGCUUUAGUAGGUGGGUGGGUGGGGGGGGAGGAGGGCUGGUCCAUGUGGAGCAGCUUUGUGAACUGCUGCUAGAACCAAAAGCACAGCUGGGUUUGAGUGAGGCUGGGUAGCUGCUACUUGCUGUUUCCUGGUGGUGUGAUCCUGCCCUGGUCCGUCCGCCCCCGCCACAUCACCCUGUAGCUUGGUGCCACUCACAGGCCCGACUUCAGCAUGCCAACCUGCCAGAGUCCAUGGCUUGCUCCAUUACAGCAGCAGUGCUCUGGGGUUGGGGUUGCAGGGUGGUAACUGGGCAGGACAGGCAAGUAACACUUGUACAGUGCUGCGGCUGUGACUGUUAUCCCUGGAUUUCCCCUCUCUCGUGAGCCAGAGUCAGGUCUCUGAGGUUACGGAUGCGGCCGGGUUUGCCCCCAAUUUGGGAGGUACGAGCCUUGGAGGCUGGAGAUGGGGGUUGGUCAAGGACAGUGGUGGUGCAUUGCUGGGUGUUCCCAGGUGGACGCGGAUCUGGAUGUGCCAUGGGUGGUCCUUGCUGCUGUGUCCUUGUGCUCCUCUCGUCAGUGCGUGUUCGUGUUCAAAGCCAAUUGUCUGUUUUAGCAACAAAUGACAUAGGAAAUGAGGACAAAUGAGCUCCUGCUGUGGAGCUGUUGCUUGUUGAACAGACUGUGGAAUUGCUUGAGUGAUAGAAGAGGUAAGAAAAGUCCCAGAGAAUUUCCCAAAAUCUGAAUAUUUUUUUUUUUUAAGUGUCUAAAGCUGAGACUCUAGUCUUGGCACAGAAAAAUUUCCCCCCUCUGCGGAGUCAGUGGUUUGUCACACCAGUGUGGCUGAGGGCCCUGUAUGAAGCCCCUGUUUCCCAGGGGAAGGUGGGUCAGAAGAGCCAUCCUAGCGGUCGCGGUCCCGCCGCCCUCCAGGUUUGCAGACUGUGCCUUUUUUGCUGUCUGUCCGACAGCAGCGUAGCCAGGGAGCGAAGGAAACGCAGACCUGACAGCCUGAGGCAGCUGUUGCUUGCUCCCACCUGUCUUUCGCCAGGCUGAGGGAACACAGGGCUGUUCGCUUCUGCUCUCUGCCGGGGCGCGAUGCCCACCGGUCGCGCUGCGGGUGGUGGCAGAGGGCAGGGAGCUCUGCAGAGCGCUGCUGCCAGCGCAGCAUCCCGCACCCCUGUGCAGCGCGGUGCCCGUGGCGAGGCCGGGGCUGCAGAGCGCCUGGCCAGCGCCAGGCUGGGGCAGGGCCGACGCAGCCGGGCUUUCCCUUGCCUUACGGCUGGCACAGGGAACAGGUCUGCAGAGGCACUCUCCCUCUUGCUGCGUACAGAAGGCAUCGCACACGGCUCGCUCCACCGCCGGACAAAGGGACAGGUGUCCAGAGAGGGGUUUUGCUUUUGAGAAAGCUCGUGCCCUCCUGCUGAGGGGGAGUUUGGCCUUGUUCCAGCCUGGAUGCUUCACCACAGUUAUGUUUUGUGCUUUUUUCUUUUUUUUUUUUUUUUUUUCCCCCCCUCUAGUGGUCUGAGCGAUGGGGCAUGCAUACUCCUGUGAGCAUUGGUCCGUUGGUCCGUCCCGUAGCUCGCGAGGGCUGCGCGGUGCUGGCGCCCAGCGUGGCUGGAGGGAGCCCUGGCUGCUCUUGGGAGGGCUAGUGGAGGCCGGCGGGCAGGGCAGGGGGAGCACCCCCAUCUCACCCCUCUUCUCGGGAGGUCCCAGGCUGCUACAGCUGGAGCUCCUUGCCCAGGUGCUGCGUGUCAGCCCAUCUUUAGGAUGCAGGCGGUUACAACAGGUACAGAGCUCUGGCACGGGAUCAGGGGUGGAGGCGGAAGGUGCGUUUCAUAGGAGGCUCUGUUGCUUUGCCAUGGGCAUUUGGGGGGGGGGGGGAAUUUUUAAAAAAAGUAAUAAACCUGCUGUUCUUUUGGCCUGUCUGUCCCUCUUCCUGCUGCCCCCCUCGCACCCCUGAUGGUGGCUUGUCACUGUAGCUCUUGGGGUCCCGUGGGUUUUGGCACCUGCUCAUCUUGCUUGGGACUGGUUGACUGUACUGUAACAAAACGAUGCGUUAACCUCAGUAUCCUGCCACAUGUCUGUACACGUUUAGCAUGGCAGUGCAGAGGGGGCCUUCUAGCUGAUAAUGCCUUUCCAGUUAUUUUAUGAAACGGCAAAAAAAAAAAAAAAAAAAAAAAAAGGAAAA